GUAUAUGGCGGACGAAAAUUUCCACAGGAGGAACCGCAACACAAACCCCGUGUGCAAGGCAGAAACGGAGAGCCUGCACGGACUGAGAAAACCUCGGCAAAUACAUGAUUUAUUACGCCAUUACUCUUUACUAAAAUGUAACGUAGCGUGUCGCGGGGGAAAAAAAACGCCGUAGUAAAAAUUUUUAACAUUUGGAAUUUCUCAUAACUAAUUCACAAUUUUUUUGGGGAAGCAGUUGUGCAGUCACCUCUGGUCGGGGAGGGAAGAUUUCUGGAGCGAGAGCCUGUUUCGCAUGAGCUGCAUCGUUUUUGGAGAAGCACAGGCUCAGAGGAGGCGGAGUCAUGAGUGCACAAGAGGCACCCAACCCUGGGAAGGAACAGGCGGACAGUGGGAGUACGGCCACAGAUGGCCCCUCACCAACCUUAGCCACAACGAACAAGAAUACUAGCCCACCACCUGUCACAGUUAAGAAAGAGCCUGGGACCUCGGAGACGAGCAAUGGGAAAGUUGGUGAUGCCAACCCUGCUGAGAUCUGUGUUGUCAUUGGAGGAAACGAUGGAGGAGCAAGUGGAGGUGGAUCCCGUAGAGCUCAGACCGAGGGUUCCUAUGUAUGUGGGGUAUGCGGGAAGAAGUACAAGUAUUAUAACUGCUUUCAGACACAUGUCAGGGCACACAGAGAAUCAGAGUCCAUGGUUGGCGAUGGUCUACCCCAGACACCCAACAGUAGCUUCCGUUACUCCUGUGACAUCUGUGGCAAGAAGUACAAGUACUACAGCUGCUUCCAGGAGCACCGUGACCUGCAUGCCGUUGAUGAUCCUUAUGAACAGGUAGUGUUACCUGUGGAUGGCCUUAAAGAGGAGGAGCCAGUUGAACCCUAUCAGAAAAUUGGACCAAAAACGGGGAGCUAUGUUUGUGAGUUCUGUGGGAAGCAGUACAAGUACUUCAACCCGUACCAGGAGCAUGUUGCUCUUCACACACCAAUGGGCUCCUUUGAUAUGAAGGCAUCACGGGUACAGGAAUGUGGUAGUAUGGAUAUGAGUAAAUUUGGCCACAGCCAAGCUGGAAAAAUAAAAAACAGUCCAUUCAGGCGGAAACUGGAGAGUGCGAUUCAGUCAAGUCUGGUUGACACAAACAGCUCACAGAAUUCAAGCGGAACUCCGAGCCCUCUGGUGGCCAGCUCCUUCUCUACAACACAGAAACCCUACACUUGUGGUGCCUGUGGCAUCCAGUUCCAGUUCUACAACAACCUGCUGGAGCACAUGCAGUCCCACGCUGCUGACAAUGAGAACCACACCAAAGGGGACUCUCCCAAAACCUCCUCUGCCUCGGGUCCUCAGGAGCAGCUGUGGAGAGGUUCUCAGGCUCAGGCCCAUUCCUCAGUUAAACUACAAAUCCAGCCUCAAAGUAUCUCCCAGAGAAACCACACACUCAGCCAAAAUAAUGGACUACCUGAAAAGGAGCGACAGCAGGUGGCUGAGCGCCUGUUACGGGUAAUGUGUUCAGAUCUGAGCAUGCUAAAUGUGCUUAACAGCAAGGACUUCCUGAAGUUGGCACAGACCCUGGUCGACACGGGUGCUCGUCAUGGUGCCUACUCCACCCGUGAUGCUCUUGGCAACAUGAGUGCCUUGGCACUGCGCCAGCUGCCCCGCAUGUACAACCAAGUGAAAGUCAAGGUCACGUGUGCUCUAGGCUCCAAUGCUUCACUUGGCAUCGCUGUCACCUGCCACUCCCAGACAUCUGGACCAGAUGCUUGCUAUGUUCUAACAGCCUACCAGGUGGAGGGGUCGAGACUGAAACGCUAUGUGCUCGGUGUGAGGGAGGCUGAGCUGAGGGAAGGGCCGGAGCAGGUUCACCACUGGGUGCAGAAUGUGCUAUCUGAGUUUGUGAUGUCAGACAUUCGCACUGUGUACGUCUCAGAGCCGAGGGUGGGGUCAUCGGGAUUCGCAGGAUCACCACUGGGUGGCGGUGGCCGGGGGAGAAUAUGCUUGCGCUGCGCAGGGUGUUCCCUCGGUGCAGUUGUCCAGGCUGUUCUUGGGAAGCGCAGUCUCCAGGCCCGAGGUCUUCAUGAGCUGGCCGAGCUUCUCUCAACGUGCAGAGAUAUUGCCUCCUCCACUACACUGGCACUUCGUGAGGAACAGUGCACCAACACAUCCACAAGCACAACUGACGAAGGUACACAGGGCAGCCCCGCACAGUGCCCCACUCCUCCUUGCUGGGAUCGCAUGGCUGAAGCUCUUCUGCAGGUCCAUGCCCACUUUGAACAGAUUUGUGAAGCUUAUGGACGCAGUAAGGCCACGGCUCCACUACUCCAAGGUCUCAACAAGCACCUGCUGGGCACGCUGGCUUGUCUGUUGGCACCUCUGCGCCUGGCAGCUCUGGAGCUCAGCAGCCAAAGGAGACCAACCUUACAGCAGGUGCUGCCCGUCUACCUUCGCUUGGAGAAGUUUUUCACAUCCAAAGCAGGAGAGGCUGGAACUGGCACUGCUAGCAAACUCUGCCACUACUUCCUAGAAGCACUCAAGGAAAAUUUCAAGGUUGAACGAGCUCACCAGGUAGCCAUGGUCCUGGACCCACAGCUCAAACUGCGUUCAGUGCCAGCCUACCAACAUGAAGACAUAAUCUCCCGUGCAUGCGAAAUGGCUGCUGAAUCCAGGGAUGGAGGUAUGACAGGUGGUGGAGGUUCAGGUGGUGAAGAACGCGACACUGAUGGUCCACCAACCCCUAAAAUAAGCCGCAUAGAGGGAGGUGGGAGCAAUGGUGGCACCUCGAGGGGGUCAUCCUCAUCUUGCACAGUGUCCAGUAAUGAUGACAGUCAGAGCCAAGUUAGACAAGAGAUUUUUCAAUACCUGGCCGAGCCCCUUCUCCAAGGGACACCUGACCUCUUCCAGUACUGGAGCUCAGCAGUGGGUGACAAGUUCCCCAGGCUUGCUCGCCUGGCACUGUGGCUCCUCGCUGUGCCUGCUGUGGGCAUACGUGGUGAGUGUGUGACUGUGUGCGAGCAGAGCCUGGCUAUGAAGAGGAGGCAGCAGGUCACUGCUGAGGAAAUGAACAAACUCAUUUUCCUUCGCUCUAACAUGGGCUAGAAGAGAAACCCAACCAACCCUAAUCAACCAAACUUUCACCUCCAACGAAUGACUCAAGACUAUUAUUUAUAUACUGUAGGUUUAGACCAACUGUAAACUUCAAUGUGUAUGGACAUUAAAUACUUCUUGAAACAGAUAUAUACAGGAAAACUCACAUUGUAUAGUUUGCAAACACCCAUAAAACGGCUUAUUACAUAUUUUAUAUGGAGGAAGGACUGUUGUAAAGUACUGUGGACAAAAUGUAGGGGUGGAACGUUAACUCUCAAAAGAUUGUCCUGGUUGGUACGCCACCCUCGGUAUGGGAUGCACAUGUAAGCAGGAUGAGUUUCGGUCUUCUCUUGGCCAGUGAUUUGAAUUACUCCAGCCUAACAACUAAACUGCUACUAGACUAUAAUGCUGUUAUUCUCACUGGAUGGCAACAUUUUCAGGUAAAAUCAACUUUCACUGCUUGAAACAACUGUCACAGACCUUUAGAAAAUAAUCAAACCAGAUGAGCAAAGUUGUCAAAGAGGGAUGAAGCAGUUAAAAACUGUUGAAGAGUUAUCAUUUUCAUUGGUCUAUGACAAAAAAGAUCAAGUGGUGAAUCCUCACUGCCGUUGUACCUCGGACAAGUAAGUGUGCUAGGUUUAUGAUUUACUGUUAUGUACCACUGAAAAUGAUAUGUUUAAGCAUAUUCAGCCGCAGUGGAUAUAUCUGAGCUUAAUCAUUAUGGCAAAUUUUUUGAUGGUUGCUUCAGUGGUCUCAAAAUGUAGCUGCGGAUCAUUUGCAUGCACUGCGCUGCAUGCAUUUUUUAACCAGAAGGGUAAAAAAAACACAAAAAAAACAGCUGAUUAAACAUUAAUUCCGAUAUGAUGCAUUCCUCCUUGUUUAUGUCACAAAUUGUAAAGAAAAAUCAUCCAAUGGUUUGUUUUCUUUCUAAAACAAAAGAGAUAAAAAGUGUUCUCAAGCUCUUAUGCUGCUAGAUAUGCAAGUCAAAUUGCUAGACUUGCACAGAAGGCCGAUAUUAUUAGGUUGAUUUAAAUGAAGUCAUGCUUUUGAUUGAGUUUCCUUUACAAAUAUUUGUUUGGUACAUGCACAAA